GUCUUAAAUAUGUAUUUAGAUUAUUGUUUGUAUAACAAUACAAUGUGAAACAGGUAAAAUCUCGUGUUGUGUACAACCUAAUCUAACCACAUGUGUGUGAUAAAAAGUCAGUGUGGAAAAUAUACAUGACUUUAUAUGACUAUUUAUUUAUUCGGUAUGCAAUUUUGUAUGCUAGUUUGCCACAAAUGAAUAUUUAAUUGUUGCUGGACGUGUAAUUGGCUGUAAAAAUAUCAAAACUGAUGUACUGUAAAUACGGGAUGUUAGUAAAGUAAUGCACAUGCAGCGUCGAAGAUCACCAAGUAACUAGAUCAAGCAAUAUAAAACCAGAUAGGAUUGCGCACAUAUAAUGUGUUGUAUGAGCAUAAAAUAAACUACUAGGAAGCCUGUCUGCAAAUACAAUAACCAGGAGUGUAAAAUGUGAAUUCUUCGCCUAUAAGAUAGGGCAUUUCAACCUGAAAUACAAUGUAUACUGUAUAAUACAAUGUUUAUUUAAGUGUGUAUAAAAUAGAACAAGGGUACAUAACUGCACCAGCACAACGUUUACAUGUUGAAAAAAGUAUUGCUUCAAACUGUUAAAAUGACAAAAAGAAAAUGUGUAUCAUACAUUAAAACGUGUCUUGCCAUAAAGAAUACGCAACGGAAAUACAUUUUGUUAGCACUGCCACUGUUAUUUUUACCAUCAGUAAUGUUCUUAUAUAACUCAAGUUUUCAAAUACCAUUGAUCACCCGUGGACAGCCAUGUAAGCUUCAUGAAUUAAACCCAUGGGAUAAAUCACUUAGCCAAUAUCUUCAAACCUCUCCACCUAUUGAAUGUGCACCAACGAAAUUUUCAUUACUUUACGUCGACGAAAAUGGUAUUUUAAAAUAUAAUAAAUCCGCCAUUUUGCAAUAUUCGCUGACGUCAUUGAAAUGUGUGUACAUGCUUAUUCAUCGUGUUGAUGGCGAUCAUGAUAUUCAACUGGAGGACGAGAUACCUUUUGAGCCUCCAAUUUUUAUCAACAACCCAGUAUUCCGUGUUUUAUGCCGAAAUACACCGAAUGAAACAGUGUACGAUUUUGUUCAUUUUAAUGUAAUGACUAACGACUCCAAAACCAGGCAGCAGAAAAUCGGCUAUGAGUCGGAUGAUAAAUUUAGUGUUCUGUUCUUCGGAUUAGACUCCGCCUCAAGAUCACAUGCAUUGAGAAAACUGCCAAAAUCGUAUAAAUAUCUAACCGAAACGUUAGGUGCUUUUGAUUUCCGUGGUUAUAUGAAAGUUGGACUAAAUUCAUUUCCAAACAUGAUACCUUUAUUAACUGGUAAGGAAGAUUAUAAAUACCGUAUGGAAAUAUUUCUGAAUACUUUCUUGGACAACUGGCCAUUCAUCUGGAACGAAAAACCGAUAGAAAAAUACGUGACUUUAUAUUCGGAAGAUCGACCUGACAUAUCUUUAAUGAAUUUCAUGCAUCCGGGCUUCAAGAAGUCACCUACAGAUUAUUAUUACAGGCCGUAUGCUUUGGCAAUGAAUGCAGUCAACCCGGUGGUAAUGGAACCUCUUGGAAAUUCAACCUGGUGGUGUUACGGAAAUAAAGACCAUUAUUUGCUACAAAUUGACUUUCUUAAAAGAUUUGUUACUAAAUAUACAAAAAGAUUAAAAUUUUCGUUUUUAUGGAACAAUCAAAUAGGUCAUGAAGAUUUUAUUUCCUUAGGCCGUGCCGACCAACCUUUAUACGAGUUUUUACAGUGGAUGAAAUCAAAUGGUCAUCUUGAAAGGUCAAUUCUAAUCGUAGGAAGUGACCAUGGGUUUAGGUUAGGUGGAGCUAGUGCAACAUACAUUGGCAGAAUAGAAAACAACAUGCCAUUUCUUACGGUGUAUAUUCCUGAAGUAUUAAAGCUAAAAUAUCCAUGGCUACAGAAAAACUUACAAUAUAACACGGACAAACUUAUUUCUGCUUUUGACAUACACCAAACUGUCGUAGAUACAAUAUAUGGUAGAUUCUCUGAAAAGAAUUCGGAAGCUGUUUACAGAUCACGAACAAGUCGAAGUUUAUUUUCUAAAAUUCCAAAAGGUCGUACAUGCAAAGAUGCUGGCGUACCUCCUCAGUUUUGUACAUGCUAUGAUUCUACUGCGGUCAGUCUUUCUAAUCCGUUAACUAUCAAGUUAGCACAGUUUGCUGUUCAACAUUUAAACAUAAUGUUACAUGAUCACCAAGAUAUUUGUCGAGAAUUAACACUGCUUAACAUAACAGACGCCAAGGUCAUGUAUACAACCGAAGGUGAUAUUGACAAAGAUCAUAUAGAAAGGGAACCAGGCUUCUUUAAACGGUUGAAAGGUUACACAGAAACUGAUUAUAGCGGGCGAUAUGUUCUUAUGUUGUACACAAAUCCUAGUAAAGGUCUUAUUGAAGUCAUGAUAGAUUAUGAGAAGCAUUCCGCCGACGGCGUUGACAAUAAAAUGACCGUGAUAGGGGAACCAGUUAGGGUCAAUAGAUAUGGGAACCAGUCACAUUGUUUAGCUGAUACAGUUUUGAGACAGUAUUGUCUGUGUAAAGAUAUCGAUAUAUUGGAUAAUUAAGUCAUUAAAGUAUGUGUUUAAAGUGCUAUAAU